AUGGCGUCGCUCCAGACUCCAAUAUCCCACCAAUCAUUCUUUUCAGACAUACCGCCAAUCUCACAUUGCCAUCGCCUCUGGGUCACCAUACUUGCGGCCUUGGUCUUGUUGAGAUAUUCUCUAGGGGUGACAAGCCCGUACUGGCCAAGAUGGACGAAACCCUUGGUACAGGAGACCCAGGAGAAAAAAGACGAGUUUGAAGCCGCAUCGCCUCGGCGGCCUUUGAGCGCGACCAUCGGGCUUCUCGUGAUAGCAUUAAUUGGUCUUACGUUUCAAACUGUUCACAUAUUUUUUCCUUGGCAUCAGGCAAUGGCCAUGUAUCCAGCAAUCGCUUGGGCCAUUGCGAUCGCCAUUAUCCUGGUCGAGCAGCCGAGAACUGCGUCUUUAUCAUUGUUAAUGCUCUUUACGGGACUCAUGUUGGAGCAAAUCAUCAUGUUGUCUCACAAACAAACCUUCGUGGCAAGUGAUCUUCCGUGGGCCGUUCCCUCUGCAGCAGCGUUCCUGAUAAUCCUCAUUAUCCUUAACAUGCCGCUGCGGGAUCCAAUGCUGCCCAGACAUGACAUCAGUGCCGUCUAUGACACACCAACUAUCAAGCUUCGCACUCCGGAAGAUAAUCUAACCCCUUGGCAAUAUAUGACUGUGUCAUGGAUGGAGCCGUUGAUAAAAAAGGGUAAAACUCGAGAAAUGGAAGACGGUGAUGUAUGGGAUCUCGGCUGGGAAUUCAAACACGCGCGAUUGCAUGAUGCAUUUGGGGCGCUCCAAGGUUCAGUGACAAGGAAGGUCUUUGUUGCAAACGGCUUGGACCUGCUGCGCACCACGUUCUUAAGCGUAGUGUGCUUGUGUGCAACUCUGCUCACUCCCGUCUUCCUUCAACGCCUCCUUGCCUCCAUGGAGAAUCGUCACAAUCGCGCGACAAUCACGUAUGCUUGCGUGAUUUUAGCGUUACGUUUGACCUCUGCGCAACUUAAUGUCUUCAACUUGUGGUACCAAAGGCGCGCAUAUGAGAGAUGUAGAGGCGAACUCAUUACAAUGCUUUAUGAGAAGACCCUGAAUCGCAAGAUCUUGGGUGCUAAACAAGACGGGAAAGAUGAGCAGAUUAAUGGCAGCAGCGUUGGCGAAGUACACGAAGAGAUCAACGGUGAAACUCACACAAGCCACGAGCAAUCCAAAACUGCUUUCAGAUAUUGGACAGAGACCGUACUUGCUUCUCUUCGAUCGGCUUUCAGGAGAAACACCAAAAAAGCCCCAAAGGAAGAUAACGACCCAGCAUCGAUGGGAAAGAUACUGAACUUGAUGCGAAGCGAUGCUUACGAGAUUGCACAGCGUUUCUGGGAAUUCUCAGACAUCAUCACUAAACCCACUGGCGCGAUUUUUGCAAUCAUACUCAUAUGGCGCAUGUUGGGCUGGGCAUGUCUGCUGGGCAUACUUGCCUUGGGUGUGUCGCAACUAUUGAACAUUGUCAUUGCUCGCCUACAGGUUCACUUUGAGAAGAAGCGUCGAUCAGCAACAGACGAGAAGAUCCAACGAACAAGUCAGUUUAUCGAGUCGAUUCGACACCUUCGUUGGUACGGAUGGCAGGAUGCAUGGCUCGAGGGUGUUCUUGAGUCACGCCAAAAGGAGCUGCAUUUGCGUGUCGCCAACAUCUUCUUUGUAACCUCACUUGCCUUCAUCCUGCGCUUUGGUUCCGGACUAUUCCCUGCUGUGGCCUUUUACGCCUUCACCAAGUUGGCGGGACAAGAUUUGCGCAUCGACCUCAUCUUCCCUGCCAUUGAGCUGUUCAAUCAGUUGGAAAGCUAUCUCCGAACCUUGCCCCAGUUGAUAACAACCCUUCUCAAUGCGUACGUUGCGAUGGGCCGCAUCGAAGAAUUCAUGGCAGAACCCAACAAGGAAGAGAACUAUGUGACAGCUGAAGGCUCCUCUGAGCUCAGUACGCAUCAAGCAUCAUUUGCUUGGCCAGGCGUGGACCACAACGUGCUUUCCGAGAUCACCAUGUCCUUUCCUCCUGGGUUGACUGUCAUCUAUGGAGAAGUAGCCUCAGGGAAAACCGCGCUACUGCAAGCAUUGCUUGGUGAGCUGGACACUACGGCCGGGGAGCUCAUACGCCCUGAUCAGAUGGUUGCGUACUGUGCUCAAACCCCGUGGCUUCAGAGCAUGAGCAUACGUGACAACAUUCUUUUUUCAUAUCCAUUUGAAGAGAGGCGCUACAAGCAAACACUGGAAGCUUGUGCCCUCUUACCUGAUAUGGCGGAGCUGAAGCACGGUGAUCUAUCGAACAUUGGUGAGAAUGGUAUUGGGUUAUCUGGUGGACAAAAGGCUCGCGUAGCACUGGCCAGGGCGGUAUACAGCAACGCAAAAGUAUUGUUACUCGAUGACCCAUUGUCGGCCCUUGACCAUCAAACGGCUGAGUUCAUUGUUGCCAAGUUGCUAGCAGGGCCAUUGCUCAAUGGAAGAACGACUGUUCUGGCUACGCAUCGGACUGAGCUCUGCCAUGGUAUCGCGAAGCAAUGGGUUCAACUGGAACACGGCCGCGCAACAAUUCACGAACCUACCCAGGCUGAAGAUAUCGACGCCCUGAAGCGGACGCAGACCACCGAAACGGAAUCCGAGGAAGACGCCAAGAAGCGUGAAGAAGAACAAUCGGCAGCCGCUCCAGACAAGUUCAUCGAAGACGAGCAUCGUGCAAAAGGUGGCGUCAAGUGGAGCGUAUACUGGCGCUACGUCAAAGCAGGCACACUCCGAUGGUGGUCUGUGGCAAUUUUUGUCAUGGCAGCUUUUCGCGUUCUCGAUGUUGCUCAAACAUGGUUCAUGAAGUCCUGGGGUGAAAGCUACGACGACAUAGAGCACCACGGAAUCUUUGAUUUUCUGCCACCCGCAACCGAGAAUGUCGACCCUUGGCUCUGGACGUUCUUCUUGUUCGUGUCUGGAACUGCUAUACUUUUUUGGUGGACACAUCUCAUCAUGUUUGGAGUUGGAUACCAGGCUGCAAAAACCAUCUUCAUGGAAACUUUGGAGCGUGUGGCUCACGCGACUUUCCGAUUCUAUGAUGUUACUCCAGUAGGAAGAUUGAUGAACAGACUGACAAGCGAUAUGAAUACCAUUGAUGGCGAUCUGAGCGGGGCCUUCAUAUCAUUUGCAUGGCAAUUUAUUGGCUGGAUAAGCUGCAUUGUCAUCAUUUUGUCCUCUACGCCAGCGUUCUUAGCUUUUGGGGUCCUACUCUGCUGUGGUUUUGUGUAUUAUUUUUUCCGCUUCUUGCCCACGUCGCAGAGCUUGAGGCGGCUUGAAAUGGUAUCGCUUUCUCCCUUGAUGAGUAACUUCGGCGCCCUUGUCGAAGGGCUAACUACUGUGCGGGCUUUCAAGGCACAACAUCGUUUCCAAGCUCGUGUCAUUGAAGUCGUCGACAACUUCCAAAAGAAUGACCAUUUCUACUGGUCUCUACAAGCAUGGCUAGCUCUACGCUUCAGCGUCAUGUCGGCUAGCUCCACACUGAUUAUGACGCUCAUUGCCGUGUAUACUGGCAUCAGUCCUGGACUCACUGCUUUUGUGCUGAUCACGGCGGGCAAGUUUGUGCUUCAUACCGAAUGGAUGUGCAGAGUCUACGGAAACCUGGAAAUGGACUUUACUAGUGUCGAACGUGUGGUCGAGCUUCUUGACACUGAGAGGGAAGCGCCUGGUGUUGUCGAGCCGCCUGCACACUGGCCGACAUAUAACGGUGAUAUUGAGUUCGAGGACGUGACGAUUCGUUAUGCAGAGAACCUCGAACCAGCACUCCAAAACAUCACACUCAAGAUUCCCGCAGGAUCCAACACGGCAGUCAUCGGGCGCACAGGCUCUGGCAAAUCGACUCUGGCUCUUAGUCUAUUGGCUACUAUUGCGGCAGAGAGUGGCAGGAUCCUCAUCGAUGGCAUGGACAUUUCGACAGUAAAAAAGCAGGCACUUCGCAGUCGUGUCACAUUCCUAGCGCAGGAGCCUGUGCUCUUUUCUGGAACUAUGCGCAAGAACCUGGAUCCCUUGUCGGAAUAUUCCGAUGCAUCAUGUGUCUCAGUACUGGAGAAGAUUGGCGGAGAACAGUACUCAUGGACGCUGAGUACAAGCAUAGAGGGAGGGGGCAAAGGACUAUCGCAAGGACAACGGCAGCUCGUGGGGCUGGCUAGGGCGAUGCUCAGGAGAUCACCGGUUCUAAUCAUGGAUGAAGCGACAGCGAGCAUCGACUUUGAGACUGCACAGCGCAUCCAGAGCGUGUUGAGAGAGGAGAUGAGAAGCAGUACGGUGAUUACAAUUGCGCAUCGUCUGGAAGCGGUCAAGGCGGCAGACUACUGUGUAGUGCUUGGAAAUGGGCGACUGGUGAAGGCGGGCAGGGCCGAGGACAUGCUGAGAGAGGGAAGUGAGUUCCAGGCGAUGCUUGCAUAGUAGAACUGCGACAAGGAGGUGUGGUGUGGUGAGUAGCGUACACAGUAAGCGCUUGGAGAAGACCGGUAUCCGGCUUCCGGGGGUGAGGCUUGCGUGGCACCGCCACAAAUUGCGUUGGCAGGCGCAGGGAUGAGUGAGUGCCGUGGCCCAUGCGAUGGCCUGGUAGUAGUAAGCGGUAGACGGGAAUCGCAAAGUGUCGCAUAAUCCGCGUCUACAAAGUGCCACAACU